UCUUCCGCUUUUGCUGUCAAGCUGCCGAAGCGUAAGUACUGCGAGACUGAAGACGAGAAGAAGGCGGUCAGAGCGAGGAGGCGAGAGAAGUGGGAGAGGAAGGGAAAUCGGAUCGGAUCUCCGAUGGCAUCGCAGAAGGAGCGGGAGAACUACAUCUACGUCGCCAAGCUCGCCGAGCAGGCCGAGCGCUACGAUGAGAUGGUGGAAUCGAUGAAGAAGGUGGCGAAGCUCGAUGUGGAGCUGACCGUGGAGGAGAGGAACCUGCUCUCCGUGGGGUACAAGAACGUGAUCGGUGCGAGGAGGGCGUCUUGGAGGAUCCUCUGUUCGAUUGAGCAGAAGGAGGAGGCGAGGGGGAACGAGCAGCACGUGAAGAGGAUCCGGGAGUACCGACAGAAGGUGGAGUCGGAGCUCUCCAACAUCUGCAACGACAUCAUGACCGUCAUCGACGAGCAUCUCAUCCCGUCGUCCUCUGCUGGGGAGUCCUCCGUGUUUUACUACAAGAUGAAGGGAGAUUACUAUCGUUACCUGGCAGAGUUCAAGAGUGGCAGUGAGAGGAAAGAGGCUGCAGAACAAUCUCUCAAGGCCUAUCAGGCGGCUACCAGUACAGCUGAGGCAGAUCUGUCUCCCACACACCCAAUUCGUCUGGGUUUGGCAUUGAAUUUCUCUGUCUUUUAUUAUGAGAUUAUGAACUCACCUGAAAGGGCCUGCCACCUUGCCAAGCAAGCUUUUGAUGAGGCCAUCUCUGAGCUUGAUACGCUGAGUGAGGAAUCUUACAAAGAUAGCACAUUGAUUAUGCAACUUUUGAGGGACAAUCUCACCUUGUGGACCUCUGACAUUCCAGAGGAUGGAGGAGCCUAGCGUGUUUCCAUCUGUAUGCUUCACAAAAGAAGUCUAGGAUAAAAAACAAAAUCACACAGUUUAUGUGGAACAUUUCCUCUACCACCCUUUCUCGCGGCAUGCAUGGAGCUGGCUGGCAAGGAACCAAUAGGAAGGCUCCAGAUUAGCUGUUGUGUGUUUUUGUUUCUUCCCCCCUUUGGAUGAGCAAAUGGAUCUAAAUUAUUUCUUCAAAAUGCAAGGUUCUGUUGUUCCUUCAAAAUCUGGAAUUUGAGCCUUAUAUGUUUUUGACAUUUUCUAGGAUCUUUGAAUCCGUAAAUUCAGUUUAAGCUAGCACGCUUGUUUUUAUUUGGAAUUUUUUAUGAUGUUCUUUGCCAUGAUGAG